AUGCUUCCCAGUGAUGGCAUCCAAGCAGACAGUCCAGAGAUCGCUUUGUGGUCGAGGUUCAGGGACGCUGUCUUUGGAAUCUUCUUCUGUUUGAUCAAGGAAGGGAGCAUUCAUCCUAUAUUUGUUGCUGUUUCCAUUGUUAUUGACAGUCUUCAAGAUCUGACCUUCCCUGUGUCGUUCCCAUUGUUUCCGUGGCAAAGCGAGAUUUCUUGGCUCAGAACCUUCUUGUCGCUCUUCGCACCAGAGCAAGGACUGGCCGGAACGACUGCAAUCCUGUAUAUCGUACUUGGCUUGCUUGGACUAGUCUUGAUCCUCUCCUUAUGGGUUGGCUACUGUUUUGCCCAAAAUCGAUUUAGAUUCAUCUGGACUCUCAAACUACUGAGGUUUCUCCUGGGCUUGAUUGUCACCAUCUUAUACAUUCCCAUCGUAUCUCUCUUGACCACAUAUCUCGUGACUUGUGGAGAUGCUGCCGAUAGUCCCAUCGCUUUAUGUUGGGCAGGAUCCAAUCUGUAUCGAAUCUAUAUCGCUGUCGUGCUUGUACUGUUUGUCCUUACGACCAUUGCAAUCAGUUUCGUCUUCUUUGAACCUGAUCCACAUCCCGCCGACCCUCUCGCUCAACCUCAUGGUCGUUGUGAUGCAUUGUAUCUCUGUGGACGUACCAUUUUGGCUGUGUCUAGUAUCGUGUUGAGAGAAAAUGAGGGAAUACCUACAUCGGAUGCUAUUGCUCAAUGGAUUAUGGGUGGUGCUUGUUUGAUUAUUUCUGGAACAAUGGCCUUUGUGUGGUGUUGGGCUUCUCUUUGUACUUGCUACGAUUUGCUAAGACCAGGAUCAGAUAUUGGAAUAAUCUUCUUGGUACUCUCACCAGUAGCAGUUUGGCUUCAUUAUGGAGCCACAAAGGCACGUCGUCUCCAACUGUCAAAACUGCCAAUAACGGAAUGCAAAGAUGCGUUCACCAUCGAACUCAAAAUCCGUAUCUUCUUGGACGAACGUGGAUUGCUCUACCAUCACAGUGACGGCCGUCUAGUCAUGGCCAGAGUAGCGGCUAGUCCUGGUGAUUUAGGUGCUGCUAGAGCUGCCGCCAAUGCUCCUGUCGUAGGAACACCACCUGAAAUCGAGACCGCGUUGGCUGAUGCCGAGACAAUGUACCACGAAGCCUCUAAACGAUUACCGCAAAGCUGCAUGCUUCAACUCUUCAUUGGACAAUAUCAUUUGAUUCAUCUUGGAAAUCGCAUACAGUGUUUGGCUUGUCAUGGUAAAGCCGAGACGUUGGCUCCCCGUCUUGAUGCCGCCUUUUUGAUCUUCAGACGACGAAGGAUGCUUCAUGAACGAUUCGCUGGGGGUGAUGUUAUUGACUUUAUUGCAUUUGAACAAUCGCUUCGAUUGGCUCGAAAGUCUGAAAAACGAGCUGUGAUUUGUCAAAUUGGCUUCUGGGGUGAACUAUUGAAACAGGAUCCUUCUCUUAAGCGAAUCCGGGAGCGUGCAGCGGAUAUUUCAGACGCCAUCUCUGCAGCUCAAAACCACUUCAGCUCCAUCCUCAAAACAAACGGUGAAACGCCGUACGUCCUACGUGCAUACGGCUCCUUCUUGAUCAACGUCUUGAAUGACAGCGCUGGUCAAGAUUUAUUGGAUCGUGCCGAAGAACUCGAAGACGCUCAAAAGGACGAUACUGCAUCCGAACAAAGUGGAGAUACUGAAGCCGAAGACAAGGUCAAAGAAGACGCUGGUGUUGAUUUGUUCUCGCCCGACAAUGCUGUUAUUGGCAUUAGUGGAGAUGCUAGUAAUCUGGGUAUCAUAAUGCAUGCCAAUCCUAUGGCGUUGAAGGUCUUUGGGUAUAAGAAGAGUGAACUCAUUGGAAAAAACAUCAAUGUUAUUGUUCCAAGUCCAUUCUCUGAAAGCCAUGACAUGUUUUUGACACGAUAUCUUGAUACCGGUUAUGCCAAGGUCAUUGACCGAUCUCGUAAAGUACUUGGAUUGGAUCGCUCUGGGUACCUCAAACCCAUGGCUUUGUGUGUCAAACAGGAGGUCGCUGGUACCACAAAUAUGUUUAUUGGGGUCAUCCGAAGUGUGCCCGAAAAGGCUGGGCAUGAGUUCAUAAUCUUGGAUGAUCAGCUCAACCUCAAACAUAUGACGAUCGGUUUCGCAUUCAAGUAUGGACUGAAGACUCGAGAGUUGGCUGACCUCCCAAACAAGUCUAUCUCGCAAUGGAUUCCCGAAUUUACUGUCGAACGAGUCUUGGAAUUCACGACACGAGCUGGUUUCAGAACAACACAUGUUUUCGAUGCCGAGGUCAAGCAAGUUCAAGUUACAGCUGACCCAGUAUCAGUUGGUGCCCUCAUGUGCUAUAUCUGUCGGGUUAAAAUCUCCGAGAUGCCUGAAGUAUCAGGCCCUCAACUUGGUCUUCCACAUUCGUCUAUGCCACAAAGUCGAGCUCCAUCUGUAACACGAGCUGCCAGCACCGGUAACAAUACCGGCCUACAUGCUUGUCCAUUCGCAGGUGGACCGGGUACACGCCAGCCAUCCGUAGUACCCUCAAUGCUACCCCAUCAUGUGUUUGCUCCAGUUCACGCCGGAGCCUCCGGAAGCAUGUCCUCUAUGUCGAACGAUGGGGAGAUGCCAAUGAGUUUCUCAGCUGGUGUUUCUUUGGAUGACGUGAACUCUAAUCCUUCAGGUGGUGCUGCCAAUCCUAAUACGACAAACUUUUCGCUAAGGGAUCCUGAAGCCAGCACCAAGUUUGUCACAAUGGAUAAAGCAAACGUCCCACGUAGGAAAUCGUCAGUUGGCUCUACGACCAGGAAACGAAACCGUGGUCGUGGGAUCGGGUCAUUGCAGUCUAUGAGAGCUACUGAUACUUUGACAAGAUUGCAUUAUGUUGUCAUUGGAAUGUUGAUUGUUCUUGUUGUUCUUGCUAUAACGUCAGAGAUUCGAUUCAAACAGAAUCUGGAUACAUACGGAGCUGGUCUAAUUCGGAUUCGAGACGUCGGUGACGUUUGUCUUCAAGCCAUAUCUACCUUUUACGCAACUCGAACAAUCGAUUUGACUUAUGCUGGGAUUUUAACAGCGAGCAAUGUCUCUGCCGCUAAAACACAAAUGAAUACCUCCCUAACAUAUCUCCAAUCAACAAAGAGCAUCUUUGCAGCAUCAUCGACAUCAUCGUUGCCACCAGCAAAUGUGCUUUUACAAGCUUCCUUGACUGAUACCACUACAUCAUACUCUACUCUCUUUGACGCCAUUGGGUUGCUUGUCACUAAAGGCUCCUAUGUGAUAUCAAGUACAAGUGCAUCUGACCCUCUACUUCCUUCUCUUUUAUCAUUCGUGAUGCUGAAUACGCCAAACACCAUCUUGGCUGCUCUCAAUGCCACGGCCAGUCUAAGUCAAGCUAGUGUCACCGCCAGUAUUGGAAGUUUGCGAACUGAGGCUAUAUGUUGGGGUGUGCUCGGACCGUGUUUUGCCUUGAUUAUAACGCUUGUUGUCUUUAUCAUUGGCAGACGUAUUGAGACAGACAGGACAAGACUGUUGCGCUUGUAUCUCGAGAUACCUAGAGAAGUAGUUAGAGGGAUCUAUGAAGGUGCUGUUGCUCGUCGUGAUGAAGCCAAGAAUGACGAUGAGGACGACGAUGAUGAAGCGCCAAGGAUUCAUCUCUCCACUUUUGGAUUGAAUACGAGUAGUGGUGAAACCAGAAAGAGUAAAUCCGAGCUACGACCACAAUCAUGGAUCAAUAAGUUACAAAAUCAGUAUGCUUUGGCGUCACGAUCAAGUACCAUCUUCAUGGCCACAGUGCUCUAUUUCGUCGCUAUAUGUACAGCCGUGGGAAUCACCGUUGAUUCGACACUUGGAGUAGAUCUGUUUUGGAGAUCCUUGUCUCGAUCAACGCUAGUCCGACUCAUCAACUAUCAACUCCGAGAAUCUUGGGCCCUUACCAACACCAUUUCAACACCACCAUCUGCUAUCCGUCCUUCCGCCACUGCUUCGACCCAGGUCGCUAGUCUGAUUUCAUCCUUGUCGUGGAUUGAAAAUGGUCUUAUAUACUCUGAUUCAAACAUGGGGACACCUGGUCUGUCUACUCAAAACUCGGACUUGAGCACACUGGAGCUCGUCAGUGGAUGUAUAAGUGGCGUGUCACCAUCUGAUUGCUCGACAUUCAGCUCGUCAAUCAUGUCACAAGGACUUCAUCCAGCCAUUCUAAGUUACAUGGACAAUGCAAGAGUAGCUAGUCUCAGUCUCUCAAACUCGUCACAGUAUUCCGUAAACGCCACCGCAUCCACCUUCCAACAAGUAUCUCUCGUCUACUCCUUGGAUCAACUCUACCUCCCAACAGCACUAGACUACUCGUCAACCAUCGAACUAAAUCAAGCAGCAACAGCCGUAGCUCGCUUCUCAAACCUGAAUAUUGGACUAACUGUUGCAUACUGUGUCUUCUUGUGCUGUUUCUACUUGCUACUGUUUGUGCCACUGCUACGCAAGAUUGGAGAGGAUCUAAGAAGGAAUAAUGAUAUGCUGUUUAUGAUACCUGAUAGUGUCCUGGCUCGUAUGGUAGAUGAGAAACGGGGUAAUAUUCAAUCUGACGCGUCAAAGUUGAGCUUGUCGAAACAGAUGCUGUCGCAAUCGAGGAUUUUUAGGAGUGCGGUUGUUGGUGAUGGUGGCAGUCCUGUAUAG